UGCAUAUUUCCCAUCCAUAUAACCAAAGUUCAUAAAUUCCAUAGGUGCCAAUGGUACAGAAUUUGCUGUGAGAAAUGUUACAUUUUGCAUUUUGGGGUACAGUCUCAGCAAAAAUAGGUCGUGGGGAUCCAUCAUGCAUUUUGAUAUCUGCCGGGUAGAUUUCAAAAGGCAGGAGUAGACUGCACACUAGUACCAUGCUUCAGCAGUGCACUGAGUAUGGUCUAACUUUAGCGGGCAGACAGUCAGUAAGCCUUGCCUCCCUUUUUUAGGGGUGGACCUACUUCUUUCACGGACCGACCUGCCCUUGUACAAAGCUCUGUGCUGCCAGUUAUCUUCCCAGCCAAGAAUGUUGUACGACAAGCCGGACACUGUGAAACCUGUGAGAACGGAUAUCCUAAUGAUGACCCCAUGGUUUGCCCCCAUUGUUUGGAACAGCACCUACAACAUCAAUAUACUGAAUGCCCAGUUCCAUCAGCGAGGAGUCCGCAUCGGAGUUACAGUGUUUGCCAUUAAAAAGUAUAUUGUGUUUGUCAAAAAAUUUGUAGAAACUGCUGAAAAAUUCUUUAUGGCGGGAUUUAAUGUCAACUACUACAUAUUCACCGAUCGAGCAGAGGACGUUCGACAGAACAACUUUACUCUUAACGAAGGGAGACGUGUUAUAAUUCUCGACGUUCCCAGCUAUGAAAGAUGGCAGGAAGUGUCCAUGAGGCGCAUGGAAAUGAUUCGAAAUUACACUAAAGAAAGAUUCAUUAAUGAGGUUGAUUACUUAGUUUGUGUGGAUGUGGACAUGGAGUUCAGCGACGAUGUCGGAGUGGAGAUUCUUAGUGAUUUAUUUGGGACCAUGCAUCCUAGUUUUUAUGAAGCAUCUCGACAGCAUUUCACCUAUGAACGGAGACCAGAAUCUGAAGCCUACAUUCCAGAUGAUGAGGGAGACUUUUACUAUGCCGGAGGCUUCUUUGGGGGUACAUUAGAAGAGGUUUACAAACUAACAAACUACUGCCACAACGCCAUGAUAACCGAUAUGGGGAAAAAUAUUGAAGCCCGUUGGCAUGAUGAGAGUUAUAUAAACAAAUAUUUUCUGUAUCACAAACCAACCAAGGUCCUUUCUCCUGAGUAUCUAUGGGACAACAGAUUUGGUGUUCCAGGGAUCCUCAAAAGACGAAGAUUUGUUGCUGUUCCGAAAGACCAUAAUGCAAUUCGUAACUAAAUCAAGGGCAAUCUAGAAGCCAGAUUCAAGUUAUGCUUCUCGUAGCAUUAUCACUACCUCUCAUUUUCUAUAAACAUAGUUGGAUUAUCCAGAAAAUGAACAUUGCAUUUUAAAUGAACUUUGUGAAAUUCGUGAAAAUAUUUUCACUGUGUGAGAUGCAGGGAGCAUGUUGAAAAUAUAUUUUUAUAUAUUAGUUUUUUUAAAAUGUGGUCUAUUUAAUGCAUUAAAAAGGGGUAUGGAUUGUGUAAUAUAUAUAUAUAUAUAUAUAUAUAUACACAGACACUGCACACACU